AUGGCGGUGGCCGAGACGCAGCUGUAUGCAAAGGUGGCCAACAAGCACAGGAGCAAAAGCCCCUCUGUACUCCUCGAGUCUCUCCUGGCCAAAGGAUUCCCAGCUCACAUCGCGCAAAAAGCCUUGGCUGCUACUGGUCAAAAGACAAUAGAAGAAGCUGCAAAAUGGUUGCACUCUCACUGCAACGAUCCCUCUUUGGAUGACCCAAUCCCUCAGGAGUAUGCUCUUUACUUGUGUCCCACCGGCUGCUUCUAUAACCGCCUGCAGGAGUUUUGGAAAGAGAGCAAGCGCCAGUGCGGGAAAAACAGAGCCCAUGAGAUUUUCCCUCACGUCACUCUCUGUGACUUCUUCACGUGCGAAGACCAGAAAGUGGAGUUACUGUACGACAUCUUAAAGCAAAUCGUCAACAACUUUUCACAAAAAUUUCCGCAAACUAUUUCCCUAUCACUACAUUCAUCCACCAGCUACCUUGGUUUCUUUAUCAGUGACAGCCACGCAAAUAUCCUCAAAGAGAUUGCUGUGGCCUUCUCUUCAGAGGCUUCAGCCCUGGCAGAUUGCCAUGUGAAGCCCUGCCUAAAGCAGCUCCACCUUACCUUGUCUCACAAGUUCUGUCCUCACCACCAGAAGACUUUGGAGCAACUAGCCAAAUGCAUUAACCCGGGGGAGACCUGCCAGUGGGUAGCAGCUCUCUAUUCAAGAGACAUGCGUUUUGUGCAUUACCAGACGCUGAGGGCCCUCUUCCAGUACAAGCCCCAGAACAUUGACGAGCUCAUGAUGAACGCUGGGGACUUCAUCUACGUCGACCCAACGCAGCAGUCCGAUGUCAGCGAAGGCUGGGUCAUCGGGACCUCGCACCGUACCGGCUGCAGGGGUUUUCUUCCCGAAAACUACACAGAGAGAGCCAAUGAGUCAGACACAUGGGUUAAGCACAGGGAAUAUGCUUUUGUACCAGGUUCAAAAUUUGUCACCCAAUCUGCAAAUGAACCUAAUGUGAAGCUGAACGGAGAGGUCCGUAAUCCUGUUACAUCAAGGAGUGUAACCAAUAUUCUUUCACUUCAGCUUUCUCAGAAUGCCACUCUGCGAAGAGGUGUGCUGGUGAUGCGCCAUGGGGAAAGAGUUGAUCAGGUCUUUGGGAAAUCUUGGCUUCAACAGUGCUUAACUGCAGAUGGAAAAUACUACAGAGCAGACCUCAACUUUCCUCCCACCCUACCAAAACGGAAAGACAGCAUGAAGCAUUUUGAGCAAGAUCCUCCUUUAUCUUGCUGUGGUAUUUUCCAGUCAAGACUUAUAGGGGAAGCUCUGCUGGACCAGGAGGUGGCAGUCAGCUACAUCUACUCGUCACCUGCCCUCCGCUGCGUACAGACAGCCCAUCUCGUGCUUCAGGGGCUUAAAUUAGACCAAAAAGUCAAAAUCAGGGUGGAACCAGGACUAUUUGAAUGGACCAAGUGGGAAGCAAGCAAAGGGAUUCCCAACUUCAUGACGCUAACAGAACUGACAGAGGCCUCCUACAAAAUAGAUACAAGUUACAGAAGCAACAUACCACUCUCUUCUCUGGUGCCAUCAGAAAGUUAUGAAGACUAUGUAAGCAGAAGCUCUGCAGCUAUAAAACAGAUCGUCACUGCUUGCCCCAACAAAGGUGUCAUCCUCAUCGUGGGCCAUGGCUCCUCCUUGGCGUCUUUCACCCGACCUCUGAUAGGGCUCCCUGCCAAAGACAGCAGCGACUUUGCCCAGGUGGUCCGAAAGAUCCCUUCGCUAGGCAUGUGUUUCUGUGAAGAGCUCAAAGAGGGGAACAAAUGGCAAAUGGUUAAUCCCCCAGUAAAGACAUUAACUCAUGGAGCAAAUGCAGCAUUCAACUGGAGAAAUGGUAUCGUGGAAGAUUAG